AUGCUUUCGAAUCGCUCUCGCGGUAUUUGAUGCCAAACGCCGAUCGGUCUAAGCCACGCCCACUGUAAAGGUCACAUGUCUCAGAGGAUGCGCACGAACUUUUCCGUCCGGAAAGAAAACACGCAGGAAAAUGUCUGAGAAGGAAACCUUUGAUGUGAUGGAACUGGCAGAGCAUGUCAAGAAACAACGCUGGUGGAACAAGAUGUUUGGCCAAAACAGCUCUGGACCCGCCGCUGAGAAGUACUCCGUUGUGACACAGCUGGCCAUUGGAGGAGUGAGCGGCUGGUGUGCGGGGUACUUGUUUCAGAAAGUCGGAAAGCUUGCAGCAUCAGCUGUAGGUGGAGGCUUCUUUCUGCUCCAGAUUGCUCAUCACACAGGCUACAUUAAAAUAGACUGGAAAAGAGUCGAGCAGGACGUGAACAAGGCAAAGAAGCAGCUGAAGCUGAGUUCAGACAAGCCUCCUAAAGAAGUGAGAACGAAACUGAAUGAGGUGCAAGUAUUUGUCAAGAAAAACAUUGUUCUCACAGGAGGCUUUGCUGGUGGAUUUCUGCUUGGUCUGGCUUCAUAGGAUCUCUCAUUAUAACGUCUUAUACUCCGAGGAUGUCAUCUGACAUCAGAUUACAGCUUUUGUGUGAUACUGCAGCUUGUAUUUAUCUCAGCACUCCUUUAUUCUACAUCAAGAUUUGAUUCUUAGGAUGUGUUCAUAUAUAUAUAUAUAUAUAGGAAAUGUAUACCAAUGCUAGAAUGUAUGGUUUCAGUUUGUGGAUUGUGCAUUGUUUUUAGUUUAUACUUUAAGGCCCCUGUACAUUUUUGUUUAUUUGAACAUUUUGCUAUUAUUAUUUUGGCACAAACAAUUUUUGAUGAGACUUGAAAAGUAAACUUAUUUAAACAUGUAAAUAGUUGACACAUUUGAAAUUGGCUCUUUAAAAACCCAUAUCUAACCUGACUAAGCUAAGUGCAUUUAAAAUGCGAUGCUUAAACUUAAACUAUUACAGUAAGAAAUCUGGACAUUACUUCAAACACCAAGGGGUCAAUAAAAGUUGUAAUUUUAUCCGAAAUGUUCCAAGUUAAUAGACAAUCAGGUUUUAAACAAUUAUUUUAAACGCCUCAUCUUUGUUUUGAUAUUGAUUAAAUACAUGUAAUAAAUCCCCUAAAUUACAGCUAAUGCAAAGCACAUCAUGCUAGAAUAUUCCAGUUUCUUUUUCAUUUUGUAAUCUGUAUUUCAUAUGGCUGUGCAUACAAUGCCUUUGUGUUUUGAACAUAUAAAAAAAGCAGGUCACUAUGAUGGACACUAGAUGUUUAAUGCAUAUUAUUCUCAUUAAACUGCUGAAUAAAUAGUGACAGCUUGAUUUAAUGAAAGUUA